UUCAGAGAGCAGCGGUGUCCUCGGGACGUCGACUGAACAAUAACAAAUCUGUCGGUCUUUAUUUAACGCUAAUAAUGUUUUUUUAGACUUCCACUAGCCAUGUAGCUCACAGUUUAUUGUUGAGUACUUUAUAGAAACCCUCAGACCGCCAUGUUGCUGCCAUCUGACGUCGCCCGGCUGGUUUUGGGUUACCUCCAAGAUGAGGGGCUGUCUGCUACCAGCCAAGCUUUUAUUAAUGAGAGCCCAAAUUUGAAAGAGUAUGCUGACCACACCACAGGAGAUGGGACGAUUCCUGCGUGUGUGUUUUCUGUCUUUGGGAAAGGCCUAACCACCAUCUUAAACGAGUAUGUGGCAGCCAAAACAAAAGAGUCAUGUCACGAGGUUCCUGCCAUGAUGACUUCCUUGUGGAAGAAGCUGGAUUUUACCCUCAACCAGAUCAAAUCACUACAAAAUUCCCCUGCCCUAUCAGCAUCUCAAAGAACUCGUUCACGAGUUGGACUGGCAAACAUGGCGAGACAGCGGGUCUUGACAUUGACCUCAGCCAGUGCUGUUGUCUGCUCAUCAGUGUCUGAUUCGAGCUCCAUCAUCAGUCCUGCUCACACCUCCCAUAGCAUGCUGGGACACUCCACACCUGUGAGCUACAGUACCCCCUACACCAGACCGGCUACCAGCAGUAGCACCCACACGCAGAUCCAUGACAUCGGCCGAUUAGUGAGCACUCCUAGGGAUUCGCCUGUGCAGAUCAUUGUUUCAGAGCAUCGGUUAAAUCCAGGGCCGAUGUCCCCAGGACGAAGGAAAUGGGACACCCCAAGGAAAAGAAGUGGUGCCCCGAGUGGGUCGAGUGGCCCUGCCAGAUGUGCCGUAGCUUCCAGCAGCCAGAGUACAGAAUCCCAGCCUGAAGAGGUCGUUGAUGAGAACUUUCCUCAACUCGUGAUACAAAAUGCACGUGACAAGAUCUUGGGGGACCGAUCGUUACAGGAGAAGCUCGCUGAAAACAUCAACAAAAUCCUUGCCAGCGACCAAACACCCCAAGCAUCGAAGCCCUCCACGAGUACAGUGGAGGCUGACCAGUCUAUCGAUGAAAUCCUAGGACUACAGGGGGAAAUCCACAUGAGUGACGACGCCAUUCAUGACAUUUUGGAGCAGACGGAGUCUGACCCAGCAUUUCAGGCCCUCUUUGACCUCUUUGAUUACAAUAAAACCAAGUCACCUGAAGAAGAAGCAGAGGAUGGAAAUGUCACCAAAGGUCCGGAUGAGAGCAACGCUGCUGGAGCAUCAGCUGCAGUCAGACCUCUUCAGAGUGAAGAACCAGGUACAGCUCAAAAAGAGGGUCAAACAACAACCCCAUCAAAGACAAGAACUCCUGACCCAAAGGAGCGCAAGACCAGAAAGCCUCCUGCUCCCACCUUGAUAAAGAAAAUCGUUUGUGCACCCGGCAGCAGAUCGUCGAGGAUUGAAAACAGCUCUGCCAGAUUGCUAUUGGCUCCCGGUAUGCAGCAAGGCGUUUCUUCUGCUGAAAAGAACUCUAACAGAAAAGUGCCAGCCUCACUUCCCAAUAAAAGUGUUUCUGAAACACCGAUGGAUAUUGAUGAGCCUUUAAAUACACCUCCUGCUCCCUCAGACAUUGUGGCUCCCCAGGAGCCUGCACCAGCUCUGACCACCGCUGUCCUCAGUGACUUAACCACGGUUCCCUCCUCAAGAGCCUCUGCUGCUUUUGUUCUACCAGAACUGACUUUGCCCUCUAACAUGGACAAAGACCAGGAUCCUAAACAGAUUCAAGGAUCUAAAGAACAAUCCGCACCGUGCUGCACAUCAGCCCCGAGUAAUCCACCUGCAUGUUUGACCUCUGUACAAGAUGAAGUGAACAAUGCUCCUACAAAGACCUCUGACCUACCUCAUAUGUUAAUAUCAAGCAGUGCAGACACUCAGCAGGUGUUUACUCCAUCAUCUGCCUCAUCCACAUCUUCUACCUAUGCUACAGGUACAGCAGUGUGUGCCUUACCCUCACCAGCCUCCUCUUUUCCAUCACUCAUGACAUCUGGCUUACCCACACCUGCCACUACCUCUACAGAUACACCUGCCCCAUCUGCAUCACCUGCAUCCAUCCCCUCUUAUGCCCCUGUUGUUGCUACACCUGAUCCUUCAAGUGACAACCCCACCACCCCGAGCAAGGCUGCAGCCGAUUCCAAUAUAGUUUCUUUAAAGAUCAUCAUCGAUAACCAGGAUGAGCAUUCUUCCAGUGACACAGCCUUAAAUCAGGCAAUAUCAAGCAUAUCUGGAGAAAACAUACCCACCAUCUACCUUUCCUCUCCAGUUAAGUCUCCUGCAGUCCCUGUCACACCCAAGGCCAGUCUGGACGAGGCAGCGCUGGCAGUAAGUGGACUACAGAGCUCUGAGGGACAUGCAAGUCCACUCAGCAUUAAGACGGGGGCUGUAGUUGCAUCCCCAUUAACAGGGACGUCCCAGGCCCAGCAGAACUACAUCAUUCAGCUACCCCUGGACAGCAGCAGCCACGCCAUCCAAGGAGCCGCAGCCAGCUAUUACCUUGUGACUGAUCCCCCGACUACAGAUACUCAAACCAGACAGGUGCUGCUGUCCACUGGUAUCUCUAAGGGACAGUCUAUGCCUACCAACCAGUACGGGGUGACGCCACCAACUUGUUCUCCUGGCUUCUCCACUGGAUCAACAUUCAUCUUACCAUCAACUGUUAAGCCCAUGAUGCUUCCUGUUUCUGUCGUGGGCCAGAAAACUCUUGGAGCAGUCCAGGUGGUGCCGAAUCAGCUGGUUGCCAUAUCAAACCCGGUACCUGUGCAGCAGUCACAAAACACCCCGCAUAAAAAUCCAAAAGUGGCGAUUAGAAAGUCUAAAACUGCAGGCACAGAGAAGCAUCCUGUCGAUAAGUUGGCACAGCCUGUUUCAGCUGAAGCCACAGCCCAGCAGAAUUCAACAAAGGCACCUAAACACAGAAGAAUCUUAUGUUUUGACUCUUCUGCAGAGGUUCAGCAAACGGCUAAAGUCGCCUUACCUCCAGCUACAAAGAAAUCUCCAUCGCAGCCUGUUCAGCAGACCGGGAUUGAUAACUCACACUCAGGAACUCGGACAAAGCCGAACAUACUGUCUGGCAGCAAACCCAAGAGGAGGGUUCAUCCUGUCAGAUGUUCAGCAGAUUCUCAGGCCGGAGCAGGCUUUGUGAAGGAGGCAGAGAGGUUAGUGACUCCUCAGCACCAGAAGGAUCCUGCACAGAAGAGCCCAGGCCAACAAGAGUCUCAAAGUGCAAGUACGAGCAAGGGGGAUGAAUCGACGCUCGAGCCUUUGAAAAAGUCAGACUCAGGAAGAAAAUCACAAUCCACUGACAGGAAACACGGUCAUGACAAAGAUGCUGAGGAUGCGAUGGCGAAGGAUUCUCAUAGAUCCAGAUCAUCGUCAUCUGACACUGCUCCAAAAUCAGGAGCUAGAAAGGAGAAAGAGGACGGCAGCAAAAAAGAUCAAGUAGAAAAAGCUUCAGCAAAACCACGCGAGGGGCACACAGAAAAGAGGACUUCCUCUCAGGGGGUGCCACAUGUGACUGCUAACAAGGAGAAUGAAAUCAAGGGUAGCACGCAAGAGCAGUCCACAUCUUCAUCCUCAGCAUCAAGAGACCUUAGUUCUCCAGCUGGUACCCAGUCCACAUCUAAUACACAGUCCAAGGCUACAAAAGCCCCCUCUAAGACCAGCUCCCUUGCCAAACAGGCUGCUGAGAUGCUGCAGGACAUCCAGGCACACAACUCUCCUUCCACUCCUGUCAAGAGACCUGGACCUGGAGCUGGCAGUUCAGACCCCAGUCUUCCCUCAACCCCUGGUACCGGCGUUAGCACUGAUGACCUGGUCAGCUGUGUCAGGACUCCUUCUCGACAGAAGAAAGGUAAAGACAGAGAGGGGACUCCCAAGCACCUAAUGCCUCCAAACACCCCAGAUGCCCCCACCUGCAGCCCAGCCAGUGAGGCCGGCAGUGAAAACAGCAUUAACAUGGCCGCCCACACGCUUAUGAUUCUCUCUCGUGCCGCCAUCGCCAGGACUGGAUCUCCACUAAAAGACAGUUUGCGCCAGGAGGGCGUCGGAGAAAAGUCAUCCACAAGCUCAAAGACCGCUAAGAAGCGUAAGCCAACUUCUCCUGCAGCCAGUCCACCUGCAAAGAAAGACCGGGAACGGAAGAAACUUGUGGAUUGCUUCCCCCAUGACCUGGAUGUAGACAAGUUCCUGUCUUCUCUUCACUAUGAUGAAUGAAGCAGCAGCAGUAAAGGGCUAAAAUGUUACUACCUGGUCAGGUGACUGUAUAUGACUAAUGCAAACUGUGAGAUAAACCUGUGCCUUCAAUUCCUUUUGGUAACUUUGCCCAGGACCUUAUCAGCUCCCUCAGACAAAGAGUGGCUUCAUUAGGUUGAUUCCCAUAUAUGUGAUCUGUUUAACGUCCUGUUGAAUGUGGUAGCAGGGCAGCCAUGGCACUUUUGUUGUGUUUUACUUUACAUUCUCCUACUUACUGUUUUGAACUAUCACAAAAUAAACACAAAUUUGUUUUGGCACUUGGACAUUAUCGGUGCCAAUUGGUAAAGGAUUCAAAGCAUUUCUCUGGUCAAUAUUUGACUCUAGUUUGAAGAAUUCAUAAAAUACUGACUGACAGGUUGUGUAUUAAAUAUAUUUUAAAUCAUGUUUUAAUCAGUUGUACAGGAUGAAGAACUGAUUUCACAUAUUGAUGGUUAGAGAAGGUGGUGUAAUUGCUCUAUUAGAAAGUAAUAGAAAGAUUACAUUGUGUGACAAACUGUUUUUUUCUGUCAUAGAUUGAGGCGGUUAAUGUGACAGUGGCCAGGAGUGUCUGGACUUGAAUACUAAUGCCUCAUUUCAUGUUGCAAUAAAACAAAGAAACAGUU